UCCGCCUACACAUCCUGCCAACCAGCAAGGAUUUCCAGAACGAAGCAAGAAAGCCGGUCGUUAUACGCAUUCUAAGAUUAAAGAGGAGAUACGAUAGGAAGGAAAACAGAAAUUUCAGGAGAAUGACAGCUACGAGAAGAAAAUAAGAAUGAAUGUUUGAGCUGUUUCUUUUUUACACCAAAUAAACUGAUUUAUGUUAGUAAAUAUAUUUUAAUAAGAACAGAGAAAGGGUCAUGCCUUCAAUGACAACUUGAAAUGUUGAUGUUUUGCUAUAACUUUAACGGUACUUAAAAGACAUGCUCAGGUUCCUCCUCUUCCAUAAAUAUUAGCUAUGUCUGAGUUAAACUUGUGUACGUUGUUUUCUUAAGGAAAUAAUACUGGAUGCAAAAAAUAUCUUGAAAUCUCAUAUGGAAAAAAGAUUAUUUUGUCAACAAAUGUUUCAACUCACAGAAGGAGAGAAAGUUAUUGUACUGUCAGUUUGUAUCGGCUUGCUUAUUUUAACCAUAAUCAUCACCUUUUGCGUCGUGUCUCCAUCUUGCUGGCUGCAUGUCUGUUUGAAAAAGUUUUCUAAAAAACGAAAACUCAAGUAUGGCAAUAUCGAUGGACUUGAAGAAGGGACAUACAUCAAAUUGAGUGGAACACCACAAUAUACAGUGGAAUGUGGACCGCCUGUUACUCGUAGUAACAGCAAGCACAAUUCUCUUCAUGGAGGUAAAAAUGGCCGUAAAAGAGAAGAUUCUACUUACAGUAGUAUGUCUUCCAGUAGUCAAGGAAACGCUUCUGUUUCAAAUUAUAGUGAAGCUUCUAUUGAUGCUCCUAUAACUGAUAUCGAACAAGAUGCAAAUUAUGGACAAGUAACUUUCAGUAGCUGGUGUUGCAUGCCUGAUGGUGCUAAUAUGGGAAAACUGAUCGUGGUGCUAAAGGAAGCUCAGGAUUUACUACCAAGAUCUUAUGGAGGUGCAUGUGAUCCUUACUUAAUACUCCAAUUGAUCCGUGAUAAAGGACGGAAGAGAUGGUCCAAGCCUAGUACAUCUGUCAUUUAUGAAUUCCGUACCAGUUCCAAGAAAAAGACGCAGCAUCCUAUUUUUAAAGAAAAGUUCAGUAUGGAUAUAAGCAAAGCAGAUUUGAAAGAGGAUUCGUUAAAAAUAUCGGCGUUUGAUGAUGAAAAAUAUGCCAAUGAUUCAGAGCUAGGAGAAGUAACGAUUCCUCUUCGCGCAUUAAAUUUUGAUAAAAAUGGAGAAGAAAUUUGUAAAACACUCGAUUUCUUGGAACCACGAAAGGAACACGGAGAAAUUUUGUUUGGUCUUAGCUAUUUACCGACUGCUGAAAGGUUGACUUUUACUUUGACCAAGGCACAUAACCUAAGAAUAACAGCAGAUGAAAUUGAAUCUUUUGCACCAUUCAUUCGAGUCUUACUUAUGCAUAAUGGCAAACUGCUAAAAAAGAAAAAGACAACUUCAAGACAGUCCACGACAAAUCCCGUAUUUAAUGAAACCUUAACCUUUGAUGUCCCUCCAUUACAACUCGAUCAUGUUGUCUUCCUGGUUGUUGCUAGUCAUCGUGAUCCUCAAGAUGAAUCUCUUUCUUCUCCAGAUAGUCCCACAUCUCCUCCUAACGGAUCAAGGGCAAGAAAAAGCCGCCAUAUCGGGAAAGUUGUCAUUGGUUCCUCUGUCAAAGGUUUGGCUCUUAAUCAUUGGAAAGCCAUGAAACAAUCUCCAAGGAAAUUAGUCACCCAAUGGCAUACCUUAAGAUGAAGAGACUGACUCAAGGGCAUGGAAAAUUUUCUUAUUAUCUAUAUUGUGAUGUGAAACAAAUCAUAUAUUUUAAAUCAAAUAUAAAACAUGUGCAUAGAUUUAGAUAAAACAAAGUGUGGUGUAUAAAUAUGUUUAAUUUAUUUAAAUACUAUUAAGUAAACUGUAAAACAUGUGAUGAACGGUUUUUAAGAAACACAUUAUGUUGACAAACCACCGUACUGUGAAAAGUUGUACUUAAUUGAAAGUAAAUCUAGUCAUUAGAGAAUGGAAUUAUAAUGAAUUAGUUUUAGUGUAUUAGCAAAAUAUUUAUUUUUCUUUUAAGUGCUGUUUUUGAAUAGUAGGUUGAUUACCUUUACAAUCGUUUCAUAACAAAAGACUUUCCCUGUAAUCUAGAUAUGCUUUUUCUUAAAAUAAAAAAAAUAUUAUUAUUAUUAAUACCCUACUUAUAUUUACAUUAGUUUAAAUUAAAAAAAAUUAUCUUGAAAAUUUUACUGACAAUGUAACUAAAGGAGCUUUUUUAAAUUAUAUUACUAUUCCUAUGCAUUUUUACAAUCAGAGAAAUUUAUUUUUGUUAUUAAUUGAAAUAAUUAAGAAGUCUGUGCUAAUAUUAGAAUAAGUUUCAUGAUAAAAUUAUUAAGAGUAUUCCGUUUGAAUUUUUGUAACAAAUGCUGAAAAACUACAAAAAUCAAUCAGGCAUGAUCUUAACCAACUUAAAAAGUCAACUUAUUUAUUAAAUUUUUAGAAUUUCUCCUUUUCUAACAAAUAUAUUGCACCCAAUAAAAUAAGCUAUUUCCAAUUCAAAAAAAAUACAACAAAUAAAAACUUAUAGAAAACUACGAAAUUUUUCACAAAUAAUUAAGAGUAAAAAAAAACUUCAUUAUACGCCCAUUCUCCUUUUGUUGUUUCGUUUAUAAAGACACUCAGUACUUUGAACUAAAAAAGAAAUGAAAGUUGGAGAUUAUAUUCAAUGAUAAUUAUAAAUUAAAUGUUGCAAACAUACUUAAGAAUUUAAUAAGUAUAUUAAAAGUCAUACAAAAUCAAAUCAAAUAUACAUUGUUUUCUGUUAUGAAGAAAAUGGAGCAGAAAAAAUUAAUAGCAAAAACUUAAUCAAAUUUGAACAAGCCACUACUGAGAAAGAGUAGGCUGAAAAUGUCAAAACCUCUUUGAUUGUCAGAGAAAACAGAGAGGCUAUUAUUAAAAACAUCUACAAGUUUUAUCAGGAAAUCAAACUGGUUUCGGUGAUUUGAGUACCGCCUUCAUCAGUUGUGAUUUAUUAGAGUUCGUUUCCUUACUCAAAUAUUAAUUAUCACCCCCUAAGAAUGAAACUUUAUUAAUAAGGAUUCUAAAAAUAUAUAUUAAGGGACGCCAUUAAGGAGUGUUCUAUAGUUGAAAAAUAGUAUAUGAUGAACAUAAGAUAGCCUUUACAUUUUAUACAUUCAAGAAUUCAAAAAAAAAAAAAAAAAAAAUUAUAAAAAUUAACAUAUAGAGGCAUUUUUCAAAAGAAAAAUAAGUCUCAAACUUUUAGCCUUUAUUUACCUUAAUUAACUUUUAUUUUAAAAAAAUCAUACUAAAUAAAAUUUCCCACAUAAUUCCCAGAUUUUUUCAAAUAGACUUUCACUAAUAUCUUUUACAUGAGUAUAUCAAUAGUAAAUGGUGUCAUGUUACGUUUAAUCUUAUUAACAAGUAUUUUUAUCAUGAACGGAUUUUACCAUGGACAUAGUUAAUAUAGUUUGUUAUAAAUAUACAUUUCUGUUUCAUGAGAGAUAUUUAUAAGAAUGGUGCUAAGUCUAAAUUAUAUUUAGAGCAAAAACUCACUAAUAUAAAUAAAUAUUUACAUUAAAUAACAAAUAGUCAGUCAGGACUUUCUUUUCACAUAAGAUCAAAUUUUAUAAAUGAAAAUUAGCAUGAUGUAACAAGAUGAGCUUUAUUUCAAAAAUUACCCAAAUUAUGCACUACUUAUAUAUUAACCGCUUCUUUGUCGGUGCCGCAUCUCAUACGUACGGCGUUUUUGUGCCUGUAUGGUCAGCGUCGGAUGCCAUGCGACGAAGAGAAAAAUUACAUCAUUGAAAGUGAAUUCGUCGAUACUUACUCGUCUCUUUAAAUCCCGCUAUUGAAUGUUGCUAAUGUUGUAUUUUGAAUGUCACUAAGAGAUGGUGCAACUAGUUAUACUUUCUUCACGAUUUUCGCAGUGAGAUUUCCCGCCUUGAAUUGAAAUCAAAAUCAUUUCGUACUUUCUGCAAUUCCGCUUUCAUUAGAGAUAAAAUUAUACAUUAGUAUUAAAAUUAAUUAUUAUUCAUUAAUAAAUAAUAUUAAUUAAUUAUUAAUUGUUUCAUUAUUAUUGAAAUUAUUUUCUAAAAUAUUUUUCACUUAAUUUUAAUAAUUACUUUAUACAGAUAUUUAUCUUAAGCACCUUAAUGCUAUAAAGUUAAUAAAUAUGUGUUAUCACAGUGUAAUUUUUUAAGAUAAAACUUGGGUGCAUUGCAGGGAAAACUGGAGAUCAGUGAAUGGGACAUCACAUAUUUCACUACCAGUAGGUCAUGCAAAAAACUGCUUGCUGACAAAAAUAUUUUGUAUUUUCCAAGUGAGGAUAGAACAUAUAUUCAUUUUCAGCAAUAAAAACUUUUUUUGAGGGGGGUCGGAAAUUCGAGGAAAAAAUCCGACACAGAAAGGGUUAAAGAAAAUGUAUAGAUUUGAAAAAUGUAUAGUAUUCAACUCAUUUUUCAAAUUUAAUCAAAUUUCAAAUAUCAACUAUAACUAAAUAAUUCAAGUUGAAAGGUAAUUACUUAAAGAAUUUUUAUAUAGAAUUCUCUUAGCUGCUUCACACCAACAGUUGCUUCAAAGCCACAUAGCUUUAAGAUAUUUUGUUCUCAUUUGUUCAUUUACUUUUUAUAGAAAUUGUUAUUAAACAGCUGACUAAUAAUAAGUAAAAAAAAAACUAUUUUUUUCUAUUUUUCAAUUUUGUGACUUAGUAGAGAAAGAACGAACAUGAGAAAACUGAAUUAAAAAUGGAAUUCUCUAAUUUAUGAAAACAAUUAAAUAAAAUAGAGAUUAAAAAUUUAAAAAAAAAAAUUUUUAAGUUUUUCUAAUUAUUUUUGACACAAACAAUAAAACAGAAAAAUCAGUACCAAAAUAUUAGUUCAUCUAAAACAAAUAAAUUAGCGAACAGAUAAAUAAAUCAGGUGGGAAAAGUAGAAUCAAUCUAACCCAUGUUCGUAAUAUUAAUAACAAGACUUGUUACACAAAUUGUAUUUCAAAAAAUUAAAAAUAUCUUAGUCUUAAUAUUAUUCAUAAUUUUAAAAAAUUGAAAAGAACAUUUUGCUGAAGAUAAAAUUCACAACGUUAUUUAAUAUUAUUUAACAAAAUUGUGCUUUUAAAACAGUUCUAAAAACAAACCCAACCCUUUAUAUUUGUCAGUGAACUUCGUGUUUUUCUUUAGAGAGAAAAUUUAAAGAAAUUGGGCAGAUAAAAGUGUCGUUUGGAAAAGCAGAUACCAAGAAGGUUUGAUUCUGAUAGUAAGAAUCAUGUUGAUCAUAAUCAAAUCAUGAGCACAUGCACACUGAAAAAUGAUUUAAAAAGCAUCGCAAAGUUUAAAAAAAAAUUUUUUUAAAUAUCAGUGUAA